CGACGCGCUGUUCUUUGUACUUACAAAAGGCUCUCAAUCUAAUGAGACGAUAAAACGAACCUAUUUAAAUGGUUGGACUUUCAAAAACUGGAGGUGUAUAUCUGCAUUUUGUUUGGAUUACUACAUUGGCAUGAUGUGGAAUAACAAAGGAUUCAUUCCACAAAGGCAGAGUGUAAAAUGGCAAGCAAGGCUCUCCAUUGUCCUUUUAUGUGCGCUGAGCGCCGUGACCGGGCAAAUUCGUUACUCCAUUCCAGAAGAAAUGAGGCCAGGAUUGUUUGUCGGAGAUGUGGCGAAGGAUCUCGGUUUGGAUGUAAAAAGGUUGGUGUCUGGUCGCGCACGUCUUGUUAUUGAUGAUAGUAGGCAAUAUGUCGAGCUGAACCGUAACAAAGGACACUUGGUGGUAAAAGAGAGAAUAGACAGAGAGCAGCUCUGUGGACAAAAAUCUCCGUGUAGUUUCGGUCUUGAGAUUUUGCUUGAAAACCCUCUCGAGUUUUUCUCGAUUACUGUCGAGAUUCAGGACAUCAAUGAUCACGCGCCUGUUUUCUCACAGAAAGAAAUGAUUCUCGAGAUUAGCGAGUCCGCCCCUAUAGACAGCAUUUUCUUGUUGGAUACAGCAGCGGAUCCAGAUGUUGGUUUGAAUUCUCUGCAGAGCUAUAGUCUGAAACCUACAGAUUAUUUUGCUUUAAAGCAACACACACGUUCAGACGGAAGCAAGUAUGCAGAAAUGGUUUUGCAGUCUGUGCUGGACCGAGAGAAACAGAGCGAACAUUCACUGGUAUUAACGGCUAUUGAUGGUGGAGACCCUCCACGGUCUGGAACCAUUAAAAUAAUAGUUACUCUCAUUGAUGUCAACGAUAAUGCACCAAUAUUUACUGAGUCGAUGUAUAAAGCAAAUACAGCUGAGGACGCAGUAAAGGGGACAUUGAUAACUAAAGUAAGUGCAUCUGAUGCAGAUGAAGGUUAUAAUGGCAAUGUGACGUAUUCAUUUACGUACAUUGGAGAGGACGCAGCGCAGGUCUUUCAAAUCAAUCCGCAUACAGGGGAAAUCAACCUUAUCGGAAAUUUAGAUUUUGAAUCUAUUCAGCAUUACGAAAUUAACCUUCAGGCAAAAGACCCCGGGGGUCUUGCAGGUGCUAGUAAACUGAUUAUAGAUGUUUUAGACGCAAAUGACAACAGUCCGGUUAUAACUAUGACGUCAUUUUCGGGAAAGAUCCAAGAGGAUUCUCCACCCGGCACGGUUGUAGCUUUGAUAAGCGUCCAGGAUUUGGACUCCGGUAAAAAUGGACAAGUCCGCUUAAGCGUAGAGCAAAACUCUCCUUUUGCAAUUAAACCAUCGCCGCGAAAGUACUACACUUUGGUAACCGAUGCGCCGCUUGACCGAGAAAAAGUGUCCGGUUAUAAUCUGACUCUGGUGGCAUCAGACGAGGGCACCCCCUCAUUGUUUAGUAAAAAAUCUAUUUCUCUAGAUAUCACUGAUAUUAAUGAUAAUGCACCAGUCUUUAGUCAGCGUGAAUAUAAAACACAUAUAUUAGAGAAUAAUUCUCCCGGCGUUUCUCUGCUGACUCUUCAAGCAACGGACCCUGAUGCAGGGCAAAACGCGCGUGUCGCAUAUUAUCUUAUAGAUACGGAUGUAAACGGUUCUCCUGUCUCAACAUACUUCUCUGUUAACGCAGACAAUGGAAUUAUCCACGCGGUCCGAUCGUUCGAUUUCGAGCAGAUGAAAGCGUUUAAAAUACACGUGAGAGCGCUGGAUGGCGGGUCUCCACCUCUCGGUUCUAAUGCUACAGUUCUGAUAUACAUUCAAGAUCAGAAUGACAACGCGCCUCAGGUUCUGUAUCCGGUCCAGUCUGGUGCUUCUGUGGUGGCUGAAAUAGUGCCUCGUUCGGCAGAUGUGGGUUAUCUGGUCACUAAAGUGGUGGCUGUUGAUGUGGACUCUGGACAGAAUGCCUGGCUCUCAUAUAAACUGCAGAAAGCCACAGACAGGGCGCUGUUUGAAGUGGGCUUACAGAAUGGAGAAAUAAGAACUGUACGUCAAGUGACAGAUAAAGAUGCUGUGAAACAAAGGCUCACUGUUGUAGUGGAGGACAACGGGCAGCCCUCUCGUUCAGCUACAGUCAAUGUGAACGUGGCUGUGGCGGACAGCUUCCCUGAAGUGCUCUCCGAGUUCACUGACUUUACGCACGACAAGGAAUACAACGACAACCUGACUUUUUAUCUGGUCUUGGCCUUGGCUGCAGUCUCUUUUCUUUUCAUAACAUGUCUAGUCGUCAUAAUAUCUGUUAAAAUCUACAGAUGGAGGCAAUCUCGCUUGUAUUAUCAGUCUAGUCUCCCGGUUAUUCCGUACUAUCCGCCGCGUUACGCGGACUCCGUAGGCACAGGAACUCUGCAGCACGUGCAUAAUUACGAAAUUUACAGAACCACUGACUCAAGGAAAAGUGAUAUUAAGUAUCUCGGACCCAUCAGUCAAAGUCUGGUGAGUGUGGAUGCAAGUGGAACCGAAACUCUUCCAAAAGAGACACAAAACACUGACUACACUGAAGCAGGCAGCACACAGGUUAUUACCUGUUCUGUAUUUAACUACCGAAUAUACGAGUCUUGUAUCGCCAUGAUUAUCAAACAGCAUUCCUCGUCUGCGUGGAUUCGCCGCCUGCUUUUGUUUUUUGUUUCAUGUGAAGUGAUUGAGGCUCAAGUUCGAUACUCUAUUCCAGAGGAAAUGGUGGCCGGAUCUAUGAUUGGUGAUUUAUCGAGAGAUCUCGGACUGAGUGUUGGCAGACUAAAAUCCGGCCGUGCUCGUGUCGCGUCGGAGGACAGCAGCGAGUUGAUUCAGUUUCAGCCAGACAAAGGGAUUCUGCUUGUGAAAAGGCGCAUAGAUCGAGAAGAACUCUGUGGAGAGAAAUCACCGUGUAGCUUCAGCUUUGAGAUCGUUCUUGAAAAUCCAAUGGAGUUAUUCAGCGUCACAGUGGAAAUACUGGAUAUUAACGACAAUUCUCCCACUUUUCCGUCGAAAGAGAUCACAUUAGAUGUAAGUGAAUUGGCAAUGGUUGGUGCACAGUUCAUAUUAGGCAGUGCGGUUGAUCCCGAUGUGGGUAUAAAUACACUUCAAAGUUACAGCCUUAAACCAUCAACGCACUUUAGUCUAAAAGAGCAGACGCAUUCUGACGGAAGUACGCACGCUGAAAUGGUGCUCGACCGCCCGUUAGACAGAGAGCAGCAGGCGGAGAUGAGGCUCACUCUGACCGCGGCUGAUGGCGGCACUCCUCACCGCACUGGCACAGUGAGUAUCCGUGUCAUCAUUCAGGACGCAAAUGACAAUGCGCCAAUUUUUACACAAGCGGUAUACAAAGCUUCCGUUGCAGAGAACUCUUCUAAGGGUACUCUUAUUACUACUGUCUCUGCCAAUGAUAAAGACGAGGGAGCAUUUGGCCAUGUUACGUAUUACCUUGAUCAAAUAUCGCAAGCGAGCAGCGUGUUUACUCUUAAUCCUGACAACGGAGAGAUUCGAGUGCGUGGAGAUAUUGAUUAUGAGAAGACCAAGCAAUACCAAUUGACUGUAAUGGCAAAAGACAGGGGUUCUCUGUCGAAUGCAUGUAAAGUUAUUGUGGAAGUGACCGAUGUGAAUGAUAACGUGCCAGUGAUCAGCUUGACGUCGUUUUCGAAUAGCAUUGCAGAAGACUCGCCCACCGACACUACAGUUGCUAUAAUAAGUGUUAAAGAUGCGGAUUCAGGGAAGAAUGGUCUUAUAAGCUGCAGUAUAAGCCCCUCUUUGCCUUUUAAGAUGAAGUCUUCUCUGGCCAAUUACUACACUUUAGUAACAGAAGGUCCUUUGGACCGCGAAACUGUCUCUGAAUACAACAUUACCAUAACAGCGUCUGACCAGGGAUCUCCAUCAUUGCGCAAUAACAAGACACUUUUCGUCAGAAUUAAUGAUGUCAACGAUAAUAAUCCUGUUUUCGAUAAAAGUGCCUAUUCAGCCGUUAUUGCUGAAAACAAUCAUCCGGGUCAUUCAAUCACGUGCGUUCAUGCUCGGGAUGGAGACUCAAAGCAAAAUGCCAGAGUGGCUUACUUUCUUGAAGAUGUGCAGAUAAACGGUGAAUCAUUGUCCUCUCUUGUAUCAAUUAAUGCUGAAACAGGUAUUGUUUACGCCAUGCGUUCAUUUGACUAUGAAAAAAUGAAAUCUUUUGAAUUUAAAGUGAAAGCUCAGGACGGUGGUGCGCCUGCGCUUAGCAGCAGCGCACAAAUUAAAAUCGAAAUUCAAGACCAGAAUGACAACGCGCCUCAGGUUCUGUAUCCUGUCCAGUCUGGUGCUUCUGUGGUGGCUGAAAUAGUGCCUCGUUCGGCAGAUGUGGGUUAUCUGGUCACUAAAGUGGUGGCUGUUGAUGUGGACUCUGGACAGAAUGCCUGGCUCUCAUAUAAACUGCAGAAAGCCACAGACAGGGCGCUGUUUGAAGUGGGCUUACAGAAUGGAGAAAUAAGAACUGUACGUCAAGUGACAGAUAAAGAUGCUGUGAAACAAAGGCUCACUGUUGUAGUGGAGGACAACGGGCAGCCCUCUCGUUCAGCUACAGUCAAUGUGAACGUGGCGGUGGCGGACAGCUUCCCUGAAGUGCUCUCCGAGUUCACUGACUUUACGCACGACAAGGAAUACAACGACAACCUGACUUUUUAUCUCGUCUUGGCCUUGGCUGCAGUCUCGUUUCUUUUCAUAACAUGUCUAGUCAUCAUAAUAUCUGUUAAAAUCUUCAGAUGGAGGCAAUCUCGCUUGUAUUAUCAAUCAAGUCUCCCAGUUAUUCCGUACUAUCCGCCGCGUUACGCAGACACCGUGGGCACAGGAACUCUGAAGCACGUGCAUAAUUAUGAACUUUACAGCACGACAGAUUCCAGAAAAAGUGACCUUAAGUUUGUCAGACCUGCUAGUCAGGGCGUGUUGAUAGUGGACCCCAGUUCUACAGGUACAAUGCAACGUGCGCCCAGCGAGAACAACAUCAUGGAUGCACCAGAGUCAUACAUACAGAAGCAACAUUCAUUGUAUUUAUUGUUUGUUUAUCUUGUGAUUAUGGUGCAACGAGGCUGUUGGAUGGCAGAAUGCAAUCGUCAUUCUUUAGGAUGGAAAAUUCUGUGGCAGUUAUCGGUGUUUUUUUCUUGUUACUGUUGCAUUGCAAGUGGACAAAUGCGAUAUUCGAUUCCGGAGGAGAUGAAGAAAGGCUCGCUCAUUGGUAAUGUCGCACAAGAUCUGGGGCUCGAUUUGAAAAGGCUUCGAGCGGGCCGAGCGCGUAUCGUGACCGGAGAAAGCACUCAGUACGCAGAGCUGAAAACAGACAAAGGGAUUCUAGUCGUGAGUGAGAGAAUAGACCGAGAGCAGCUUUGCGGCGACAUCACACCGUGCAGCUUCAGCUUCGAGAUCAUUCUAGAGAAUCCAAUGGAGCUGCACCCAGUUACUAUUGAAGUUCUGGAUGAAAAUGAUCACGCGCCAUCGUUUCAGAACAAAGAAUUGCAAUUCGAAAUCAGCGAGUCUGCAGCUCUGGGCUCGCGCUUUUUACUGGACAGUGCGGAUGAUCACGAUGUAGGCGCGAACACACUGCAGAAUUAUAUCUUAUCCCCAAAUAAUCAUUUCGUUUUAAAACAACACUCGAAUCCAGACGGCAGUAAAUACGCAGAAAUGGUUUUACACAAAGUGUUAGACAGAGAGGAGUAUCCUCAUCUAUCCUUGAAGCUGGUCGCUUUAGAUGGCGGAAACCCGCAGAGGUCUGGCUCUGUUGUUAUCGAUGUUACAGUUCUGGAUGCGAAUGACAACGCUCCAGUAUUUAACCAGACCGUUUAUAGGGCAUCUGUGAUAGAAAAUUCACCGAAGAGCACUUAUAUUACUACCGUUAAUGCAACCGAUGCUGACGCUGGCUCGAAUGGGCGAAUAACUUACAAUUUUUAUAAACAAAAAGGAACUGCUGCGCAGUUAUUCAAUAUUGACAGCAACACGGGCGUAGUUUCUGUUGUUGGAGAAAUUGAUCACGAGAAAGAUGCUAAAUUUGAACUUACAGUCGAGGCGAGGGAUCAGGGUGGUUUGACUGAUUCGAGUAAAAUUGUAUUAGAAGUUAAUGAUGUAAACGAUAAUGCACCUGUAAUUAAUAUAAUGUCCUAUUCAAGCACCGUUUCCGAAGAUGCCCCUCCCGAUACCACAGUUGCAAUAAUUAAUGUUAAGGACUCAGACACUGAUGAUAAUGGCAAAGUCAGUUGUUUUAUCGAAGGAUCUGAAGCUUUUACAAUAAAAUCAACUUUAAGAAAUUAUUACUCUUUGGUCACGAAUGCUGUUUUAGAUCGUGAAAAGAUAUCAGAGUACAACAUUACUGUUACUGCGACUGAUUCCGGAAAUCCUCCUUUAACAAGCAGAAAAACAUUUAAUCUGAAGAUAACUGAUGUUAAUGAUAAUGCCCCGGUUUUUCAUGAAAAUGUUUAUAAUGCAUACUUGCAAGAGAAUAAUUCACCUGGUGUUUCGAUCCUCAAAAUCAAAGCUCAUGAUCCAGAUGAAAACCAAAAUGCUCGGAUAUCUUAUAUUCUAGAAGAAAGCGACCUGGGCGGGUCUCCUGUAGCAACAUACGUUUCGGUUAACGCGGAGAGCGGGGUUGUACAUGCAGUGCGUAAUUUUGAUUAUGAGCUGAUCAAAAACAUUCAUAUAACUAUUAUAGCGCAGGAUGGUGGCUCUCCUCCGCUUUGUAGCAACGUGACCGUGAACAUUCUCAUCCAAGACCAGAAUGACAACGCGCCUCAGGUUCUGUAUCCGGUCCAGUCUGGUGCUUCUGUGGUGGCUGAAAUAGUUCCUCGUUCGGCAGAUGUGGGUUAUCUGGUCACUAAAGUGGUGGCUGUUGAUGUGGACUCUGGACAGAAUGCCUGGCUCUCAUAUAAACUGCAGAAAGCCACAGACAGGGCGCUGUUUGAAGUGGGCUUACAGAAUGGAGAAAUAAGAACUGUACGUCAAGUGACAGAUAAAGAUGCUGUGAAACAAAGGCUCACUGUUGUAGUGGAGGACAACGGGCAGCCCUCUCGUUCAGCUACAGUCAAUGUGAACGUGGCGGUGGCGGACAGCUUCCCUGAAGUGCUCUCCGAGUUCACUGACUUUACGCACGACAAGGAAAACAACGACAACCUGACUUUGUAUCUGGUCUUGGCCUUGGCUGCAGUCUCGUUUCUUUUCAUAACAUGUCUAGUCGUCAUAAUAUCUGUUAAAAUCUACAGAUGGAGGCAAUCUCGUCUGUAUUACAAAUCCAAUCUCCCGGCUAUCCCGUACUAUCCGCCGCGUUACGCAGACACCAUGGGCACAGGAACUUUGCAGCACGGAUAUAAUUAUGAAGUUUAUAGGACGACUGAUUCCAGAAGGAGUGACUGUAAGUUUGUGAGACCCGCAAGUCAGAACGUGUUGAUAGUGGACUCCAAUCCUACAAGAACGAUGCAGCGCGCGCCCAACGAGAGAAACAUACUUGAUGAACAAGAGUCGCCGAUAGAGAAUUGUGAUUGUUUUGCUGAUUUUGCAAUGCAUAAGAAAGGAUUUAUGUCGCGUGGAUGUGAUGGAGGUUAUUGCCUUUGUGGGCGAAGCUGGCGAGCCAUCCUUGUGUUAUUAUAUUUUUCUGUGGCAAGUGGACAAAUGCGAUAUUCGAUUCCGGAGGAGAUGAAGAAAGGCUCGCUCAUUGGUAAUGUCGCACAAGAUCUGGGGCUCGAUUUGAAAAGGCUUCGAGCGGGCCGAGCGCGUAUCGUGACCGGAGAAAGCACUCAGUACGCAGAGCUGAAAACAGACAAAGGGAUUCUAGUCGUGAGUGAGAGAAUAGACCGAGAGCAGCUUUGCGGCGACAUCACACCGUGCAGCUUCAGCUUCGAGAUCAUUCUAGAGAAUCCAAUGGAGUUACACCCCAUUACCGUCGAGAUAUUGGAUGAAAAUGAUAACGCUCCUCAUUUUAACAAAAAAUACGUCAAAUUAGAAAUUAGCGAAUCAGCUGUUCUGGGUGCGCGGUUUGUGUUGGAAAGCGCAUAUGACCCUGAUGUUGGAAUGAACGGUUUGCAAAGCUACGUUUUAACACCGACUGACAGUUUUAUUUUAAAACAACACUCAAAUCCGGAUGGCAGUAUCUAUCCGGAGAUGAUUCUUCAGACGUCCUUAGACAGGGAGGUAAAGCCUCAUCAUUCUCUAAAGCUGAUAGCAGUGGACGGAGGAAAUCCGCAGAGGUCUGGUACCGUUGAUAUUGAUGUCACUGUGUUAGAUGUAAACGACAAUUCUCCGGUUUUUAAUCAAACCGUGUAUAAAGCAAACGUAAUGGAGAAUGCGCCUGAAGGAACGCUCAUCAUCACAGUAAACGCAAGUGAUGCAGAUAGCAGCUCCAACGGAAUAAUUGCAUAUUUCCUGUCAAAUACGAAGGGUGAUGUUGCAACUCUUUUGCGCAUUGAUGAGAAAACGGGUGAAAUUUCAGUCUCUGGAGAGAUAGAUUACGAAAAAUAUAAAAGGUUUGAGGUUAGAAUCGAAGCCAGAGAUCAGGGUGGCUUAACAGACUCGUGUAAGCUUAUUGUGGAAGUAAUAGACAUUAAUGACAAUGCACCGACCAUUAAUAUUAUGUCAUUCACUAACAAUAUCGCUGAGGACUCCGCUCCAGACACGACUAUCGCUAUAUUAAAUGUCAAGGAUUUAGAUUCGGAUGACAAUGGUAAAGUCAGUUGUUUUAUAGAUGGCAUUGUACCUUUUAAAAUUAUUUCGUCACUAAGAAGUUAUUAUACUUUAGUCACGGAUGCUAUUUUGGACCGUGAAACAACUUCAGAGUACAAUAUCACAGUAAUAGCUACAGACUCAGGCAGAUCUCCUCUAUCCACAAGGAACAUUUUUAAUGUAAAGGUAACUGAUGUUAAUGAUAAUGCACCCUUUUUUACAGAGAGAGUUUUUAAUGCAUACCUCUCAGAAAACAACCCCUCUAGUGUUUCAAUUAUCAGUGUCAAAGCUCAUGAUCCAGAUGAAAACCAAAAUGCUCGGAUAUCUUAUAUACUAGAAGAAAGCCAACUGGGCGGGUCUCCUGUAGCAACAUAUGUUUCGGUUAACGCGGAGAGCGGGGUUGUGCAUGCAGUACGUUCUUUUGAUUAUGAGCUGAUCAAAAACAUUCAUAUAACUAUUAUAGCGCAGGAUGGUGGCUCUCCUCCUCUUUGUAGCAACGUGACCGUGAACAUUCUCAUCCAAGACCAGAAUGACAACGCGCCUCAGGUUCUGUAUCCGGUCCAGUCUGGUGCUUCUGUGGUGGCUGAAAUAGUGCCUCGUUCGGCAGAUGUGGGUUAUCUGGUCACUAAAGUGGUGGCUGUUGAUGUGGACUCUGGACAGAAUGCCUGGCUCUCAUAUAAACUGCAGAAAGCCACAGACAGGGCGCUGUUUGAAGUGGGCUUACAGAAUGGAGAAAUAAGAACUGUACGUCAAGUGACAGAUAAAGAUGCUGUGAAACAAAGGCUCACUGUUGUAGUGGAGGACAACGGGCAGCCCUCUCGUUCAGCUACAGUCAAUGUGAACGUGGCGGUGGCGGACAGCUUUCCUGAAGUGCUCUCCGAGUUCACUGACUUUACGCACGACAAGGAAUACAACGACAACCUGACUUUUUAUCUCGUCUUGGCCUUGGCUGCAGUCUCGUUUCUUUUCAUAACAUGUCUAGUCGUCAUAAUAUCUGUUAAAAUCUACAGAUGGAGGCAAUCUCGCUUGUAUUAUCAAUCAAGUCUCCCAGUUAUUCCGUACUAUCCGCCGCAUUACGCAGACACCUUGGGCACAGGGACGCUGAAGCACGUGCGUAAUUAUGAACUUUACAGCACGACAGAUUCCAGAAAAAGUGACCUUAAGUUUGUCAGACCUGCUAGUCAGGGUGUGUUGAUAGUGGACCCCAGUUCUACAGGUACAAUGCAACGUGCGCCCAGCGAGAACAACAUCAUGGAUGCACCAGAUUCAUCGUUACAGGUGAGUGUCUCACAAGAUGAUAUGGCUAUUCGCGAUAUUUGUCCAAAUGGAUGUGCUUGGUGCCGUGUUUUCUUCCUACGGCAGUGGCAAGUAUUAUUUUUCAUCUCGAUCUGCUCUCCUUUUGCCAUCUCUCAAAUCCGGUACUCCAUUCCUGAAGAAAUGUCUAAAGGCUCGCUCAUUGGUAAUGUCGCACAAGAUCUGGGGCUCGAUUUGAAAAGGCUUCGAGCGGGCCGAGCGCGUAUCGUGACCGGAGAAAGCACUCAGUACGCAGAGCUGAAAACAGACAAAGGGAUUCUAGUCGUGAGUGAGAGAAUAGACCGAGAGCAGCUUUGCGGCGACAUCACACCGUGCAGCUUCAGCUUCGAGAUCAUUCUAGAGAAUCCAAUUGAACUGCACCAGGUAACCGUAGAAAUCAUAGACGUAAAUGAUAAUUCCCCUGCAUUCGAGAAAAACAAAAUUAAUUUUGAAAUAAGCGAAUCUGCGACACUUGGUUCCAGAUUUGCAUUAGAGAGUGCACAUGAUCCUGAUGUAGAAUUGAAUUCGUUGCAAAAUUAUAUUCUCACAAGGAACGAUUAUUUCGUUUUAAAACAGCAUUUGAAUCCCGAUGGUAGUAGAUAUGUCGAAAUGGUUCUUGAUAAAGCGUUAGACAGGGAGGAGCAUCCUCAACUCUCUCUGAAGCUAAUCGCUGCUGAUGGCGGAAACCCGCAGAGGUCUGGCUCUGUUAAUAUCGAUGUUACUGUUUUAGAUGCGAAUGACAACGCGCCUGUGUUUAACCAAACCGUAUAUAAAGCAUCUGUGAUAGAAAAUGCACCGAAGGGGACUUACAUUACUACCGUUAAUGCCACCGAUGCUGAUAGUGGAUCAAACGGGCAUUUAAUGUUUUCCUUCUCUGACCUGAAAGAACAUUCGAGAGAUAUUUUUAGCAUCGAUGAAAACACCGGUUUGGUGUCUGUUUUAGGAAAUAUUGAUUUUGAAAAAGACAAACGUUUUGAAAUCAGAGUCAAAGCAACAGACCAGGGGGGUUUAACAAGCACUAGUAAGCUUGUAAUUGAAAUUAUGGAUGUAAAUGAUAAUGCGCCUGUAAUUAACAUCAUGUCUCUCUCGAGCCCGUUGUCAGAAGAUGCGCCAACAGGUACUACUAUUGCGGUGAUUAAUAUUAAAGAUUCGGACUCUGGUAGAAAUGGACAGGUCACGUGCUCUAUUGAUCGACAUCUCCCAUUUACUAUCAAAUCAUCCCUCUCUAACUAUUAUAAUUUAAUCACCGACGCCUUUCUCGACCGAGAAACUCAGUCGGAAUAUAAUAUAACCGUAACAGCGACCGAUUCUGGAUCACCUGGACUCUCCAGCUCUAUGACUCUGCGGCUAAUGGUUUCUGACGUUAACGAUAACGCGCCAGUUUUUGAGCGAAAUAGCUAUUCCACACACGUGCCUGAAAAUAACGCGCCAGGUAUGUCCAUAUACAGUGUGACGGCGCGAGAUUUAGACUGGAAUCAAAACUCAAGAGUUUCAUAUUUUUUAGAAGAUACUUAUAUUGGAGGAUCGCCGAUUUCCUCUUGCGUGUCCAUAAACUCCGAGAAUGGCGUGUUGCAUGCGGUUCGCUCGUUUGAUUAUGAGCAAAUUAAACAGCUUAGUUUCGUUGUAAAAGCGCAAGACGGAGGCUCGUCCCCUCUGAGCAGCAACGUGACAAUGACGAUUAUUAUUCAAGACGAGAAUGACAACGCGCCUCAGGUUCUGUAUCCGGUCCAGUCCGGUGCUUCUGUGGUGGCUGAAAUAGUGCCUCGUUCGGCAGAUGUGGGUUAUCUGGUCACUAAAGUGGUGGCUGUUGAUGUGGACUCUGGACAGAAUGCCUGGCUCUCAUAUAAACUGCAGAAAGCCACAGACAGGGCGCUGUUUGAAGUGGGCUUACAGAAUGGAGAAAUAAGAACUGUACGUCAAGUGACAGAUAAAGAUGCUGUGAAACAAAGGCUCACUGUUGUAGUGGAGGACAACGGGCAGCCCUCUCGUUCAGCUACAGUCAAUGUGAACGUGGCGGUGGCGGACAGCUUCCCUGAAGUGCUCUCCGAGUUCACUGACUUUACGCACGACAAGGAAUACAACGACAACCUGACUUUUUAUCUCGUCUUGGCCUUGGCUGUAGUUUCCUUUCUCUUUAUCGUGUCCAUCAUAGCCAUACUGUCAGUCAAAUGCUACAGAUGGAGACGUGAGCGGAUGUAUUUCAAAUCUGGCGGGAAUCUGCCGGUUAUUCCGUAUUAUCCGCCUCUUUACGCAGACGUAGGGGGCACAGGAACUUUACAGCACGUGUACAAUUAUGAGGUUUGCAGAACCACUGACUCCAGAAAGAGUGAUCUGAAAUACGUCAGACCUUGCAGUGAGAGCAUCAUUAGUCUGGACACCAGUGGAGCACAGACACUCCCGCAUGCGCAGAGAGACAAACUGACCAAUGACGAUUCUUUUGAACAGCAGUUCUUCCACUCAUACCCAAAUUUGGGCUUCUGUGUUCUGCGCUUGUCUUUGAUUCUCUGUCCAUGGUGCUGA